GGGCUGGGGGAGAGGAUGGUCUCCGGGAGCGGCGUCUGCCAUCCCUUGCGCGGCGCGGAUGUGCAGCAAAGAGGCGGACCCGAUUCUGCUUUUAUUUCUCGGUGUACGGAAACUGUCCCGCGGUGCUUGGUCCGUGCGGUGCCGCGCAACACCGCCAGGCGGCUCCGGAACGACGGGGCGGGGCUUCGUGUCUGCGGGUCUCGGCUCGUGGGCUUCGUUGCUGUCCAGACUCUCGCAUGGUAUUUGUGUCCCGUAGUGGGCGUGGGAUGCGGCGUUCAGGGGGUCUCAGACCACGAGAGAAAUAACAAUGCACUGUGUGAAAGAUGUGAGACGUGUGGCGAAGAGGAGGCCAAGUACCGGUGCCCACGAUGCAUGAAAUACUCGUGCAGCCUGUUGUGUGUGAAGAAGCACAAGGUUGCCCUGAGCUGUAGUGGAGUCAGGGACAAAACUGCGUUUGUUUCUGUGACUGAAUUUACUGACUUGAACCUUCUGAGCGAUUAUCGGUUCCUGGAAGAUGUGGGAAGAGCAGCUGAUGCUGCUGCUCGAGAUCUGUCUGUGCAUCGGCCGACAACAAAUAAAUACAUCAAUUACUUGAGAAACAGAGCUCGAAGGCAUAAUAUCAAUCUGAAGACACUGCCCAUUGGAUUCACCAAAAGAAGAGAAAAUUCAACCAUCUUUAUUAAGAAGGAGCAGAAGUUCUACUGGCAUUUGAAGCUUGUAUUUCCUCACUGUCAUGCUGAAUACACUUUAAAAAGGGUGCCAGAGGAUAAAACGCUCGCUGAUAUCCUUAAGUCCUACAUCGAUCCAGUGGAGUCAGAUCCUGUCAUUUGCCAAAGAUUAAAGAUAUAUACAAUGUCUCCUCAGUCAGAUGUACAAAUUUUAAUGAAAAUAGAGAACAGGAAGCAAAACUCCACCAGGUACAAUGAACUGGAUGCCAGUAGAAGCCUCCUAGAAAAUCUGAAAAACAAAGUAAUAAUUGAGUACCCAACAUUAUUUGUGGUCUUGAAAAAACUGAAGAAUGACAUGGUGGUUCUUGGCCAAGAGGCCAGAGAAUCUGCAGAGGACUUGGAUAGUGGAAGUUCAUCCCUUUUGUCCAAGGAAGAAGGAGAAAUUCGGGAGAGUGCAUUGACAGUUCUUUGAGAGAAGAGGGUGGGAUGAGCCUUUUAUAUUUUCUUAUUUAAUUAAAUCUUUUUUUGCACAACUGAUUUCUCUGAGGUUCAGUUUGAUUUGCUUCAUUUAAGGCAGCACUUCCAAACUGCCUCCCCAACUUUGGAUUUAGUAUGCAUAUUUAGGUAUGUAAAUAAAGAGAUUGGGAGUGGCUGGUUCCAUAUAAAAGAUCUACUGAUUUUACUGCAUAACCCCCGUUUGUCCAUGUAUCUCUAUCAAAUCAGUAACCCAAAUGUAAAGUUUCCAAGUUGGUUUCAACAAUAUAUGUUUUUUCCUUUUGUCAUAACACCUCAGUGUCGGAUUUCUGUAAGUAUAAAUACCACAUAUUUGUGUUUAUCUGUGGAUUUGAGUCACGGUACUUCAACUUACUGAUAAAAUCUUGUGUUUCAUAAGA